AUGUUGGUUACACCUGAAAAUUUUGGACUAGUUGAACCAGGUAUUUAUAGAUCAUCCAAGUUAGAUUCUGAUAAUUUCCCAUUCUUGGAAACAUUAAACCUUAAAUCAAUUGUAAUAUUAGAUGCAGAAAAACCACCAAGGUCAUUAAACAACUUUUUAGAACAGAAUAAAGUUGAUUAUUAUAAUUUAGGAGGAUUAAAGAUUUCAAAUCAUCAUCAUACAGGGAUAUCUUCAAAGACAGAUGAUGAUGAAGAAGAAGAUAGUGGUAGUACUGUUUCUGACUCAACUACAAAAUCUGAUAAAUCAUCAAAUUUCAUAGAUAUAAUUUCAUUAAAUCGAAAUAAUAAAGAUCAAUGGAUGUUAAUUGAGAAAAAUUUAAUAAUAAAGACAUUUGAAAUAUUACUUAAUAAGAAUAAAUUUCCAUUAUUAGUUAUAGACUCAACUUCAACUUUAUGUGGUAUACUAAGAAAAAUCCAAAAAUGGAAUUUUAACUCAAUAUUGAAUGAAUAUAGAAUAUAUUCAAACACUUCAAAUAAGAAUAAUAAUUACUUUGCUGAGACUUUUCUAGAAUUAAUCCAAAUUGAACUAAUACCAUAUGAGAAAAGAAAAGAAGAACCCGUGAUGAAUAAAUCUCCAUCAAUGUCUCGUAGGGCAUCAAUUAGACUGAUGAGACAAAAUUCAAUAGAUACAAUAACGGGCGAUGAUAAUGCUAUGGAAGAUGAUUUUGAUGAUAUGGAUGAGAUAGAUGAUGAUUUAUUAUCUGCAUCUCCACAAAUUCCUGCAAAUUUAUUAAAAUUAGUAGAACAAAGAAAACAAAACAAAAGAGAUGAAUCGUCAGCUAUUGAUACCUCACCAAAACUAAUUGCAAAUUCAAGAAAUAAUAGUUUUAGUAAUAAUGAUUCAUAUUUAAGCUUAAAUCGAUCUUCAAUGGACAGAAGAAGAUCAUCAAUUGAAUUUAUGAAAAAUAUAAAAUUUAGACAUAAUUCAGUACCUAAAUUCGAAAGUACAUCACCAAAUUUUAGAAGAAGAGAUUCAAGAAUAGAUGAAAAAAAUGAUUAUAAAUAUUAUAAGAAUUUAAAUAAAAAUCCUAUACAAUUUGAAAAUGUCAACGUUAUAAAAUUAAAAUUACCUCCUGAAAACAAAUUACCAGAUUGGUUUAUUAAACAAAGGAACAUAUGGGAAAAGAAUUAUAUUUUGUUAAAUAG